GUCUCUCUCUUUCCAGAUGCCUUCGUGCAAUCACUGCAUGUGCAUUUCCAUCAGGUGUGAUCGACAACACAUCAUCGCGGUGCCCGUGUGUGUCUUUUCGUACAUGCAUGGCAGCUCUUCUGUUUGACCGUGAGCAGUAGAGAUCCCGUGGAUGCGAGGACGACCCUGCAAAGCCACGCAUUCUCACCAGGCCUUUAACGAUACCCACCAAUGAUCCAACCAAAGAGCUGUGACACCACAACUACACAUGCGAGCGCUUUGAAUCCUGUCCGAGUUAAAAUGAGUCGAAUCUUGCGAUCGCUCAGCCAACAGCGGAGAUAUCCGGGUUUAUCGUAACUCGUCUAGAAUGGUUUCACAGAGUAAAAAGCCAUAGGAAUCCGAGUCUAAUGUGGAUACCAACACCGAUGUGGACCUAAGAUGGAAUCUAUUGCAUCGAUAGUGGUCGAACUAUCCUUGAUUCGGAGAAUAGUGAGUCCCACUACACAAAUAAUCAAGUUUGCAAAGUAUUUAGGUUCCAAAAAUUAAGUAUUAUGAUUGGAAUUUGAUUGAAAUCAAUAGGCGUCUCACCUGUUGUCGUUGUUCCGCGAUGAAAGGCUUCUAUGCGGUCACCCGCGGAUACCGCGUACCGGUGGUAUGAUUACGUGUGCUCAUCGCUCGCAGGUCGUUCGGGAGGCCCUCUUGUGAUGGAUCAUCAAGCGUUUCCGAAUUUUGAAGGCACAUCUCGGAGGAACGAGGAAUAGGGAAAAGGAAACCAGAAGAACUACGGCUCCGAGACCAGUCCCUGAAAUUUACCUUCGGAUUUGGGGAAAGUUCGGAAUUCGUACCGUGAAACACUACUAAAAUUGUCAGAGUAGAAAGAGGAAACCCGAUCGAAUCGCCUUCCGCCAAAAAUUCACGAGUCGUCGUUCUUUGGUUCUGCGAAUUCUUUGUUUGAUAUCCCGUCUUGUUCGAGUCCACGACCCUCCCGAUCCUGAUCUUAUUGUGGCGCGGGAUUCAAAAAUGGGUUUACUGGGGCAAAGGGCGGUCUCCAAUCCCUCGGCCGUGCUUUCAGCGCUGGUAAGCAAGAGGGACAAUCUCCAGGACGAACUCCGGGUCAUCGAGAGACAAAUCUAUGACCUAGAAACUACAUAUUUACAAGACUCAAAUCAGAAUGGAAGUGUGCUGAAAGGUUUUGAAGGUUUCUUGUCAUCAUCAAAGAGUACUGCUAACCUGAAGCGUUCCAGAAGGUUUCAGCCUGAAGACAGGCUAUUCUCCUUGUCAUCAAUUACCUCCCCAGUGGUUGAAGAACAUGUUGCUGGUCGGGAUGAGGGAAGGUCUGAAUAUGGUCCAGUUCGAUCACGGGGUGGAGGAACUCCUGCAAAUGGACAAGGAAAGCCAAAGAAGGGGGGAAGAAUCGCUUUGAGAGAGGGGAAAAGGCUACGACCAUCAAUUGAACAGGAAUUGGAUGAUGAAGAAGACCUUGAUAUAGUUUGAGAUGGUUGUUAUGCUUGGUUAUAUAUAUAUAUAUAUAUAUAUAUAUAUAUAUAUAUAUAUAUAUAUGAGAGUUUUGUUUAUCAGUUCUAUCUGCUGUGCCAACUAUUCUGAUAUUGCAUAGAAAAUUUCAGGAGAAAGAGUUUUUUGUUUUUAGAAAGGCUCUUUCAGGCCUCUUAAUUUUGAUUUAUCGAGUGACUGACUAUACAUUUGAAUUUAUAGUGGUCGAUUCACCUAAUAUUUA